AGAGUUAAAAGAACAUAACGCUCAACAAUACACUACCCUCACUCAUGGCUACAACACCACUUUUCUUGCCACCACCAAUCAUCACUAGUGCUGCCAUCACCCACCGUACCUCUGUAUCACUCUUCCCUAAGUUUCUGACUCUACACCGCAGACCAAUCACAAAGCUCCAUGUGUCUUCCUCUCCCACCAACAAACCCCCUAGCACCACCACAGCCCCGGCUUCCAGCCUAUCAAAACCCGUGGGUGAAAUUAUUUUUUUCGACGGCGGAGCCCACUACGGAGAUCUCUUGGCCAACCUUCUCCUCGGAUUCACCUUGUUGUGGCUCCCUCUGACUCUUGCUGCGGUGUCCCGUGCUUUCAACUUGAGGUAUAGGUUUACCAACCUUAGAGUGACUGUUAUCUCUGGUCUCACCGGUCAGGACCGCAGCGAUUUUUCCUAUUCAGUUGUCAAAGAUGUUCAGGUAGUGCCAAGGUUUAUUGGUGAGUGGGGUGACAUUGUGAUCACCUUGAAAGAUGGCACCAAAGUAGACCUUAGGAGCGUUCCAAAGUUCAGGGAGAUUGCCCGUUAUUGUCUUGCCAUGGCUGAAAAGCCCACUGUUUUGAAAGAGAGUGGUCCUAAAGGAUUUUGAGAUUCUUUUAAUACAGGAUUUUGGUAUCUAAAAGAUUGUUUUGGAGAGCCGUAUGCAAUGUAUGGAAUUUUCUCUUUCAUUAUCAUUUUGACUUAACAAUGAUAGUGAUUCAAUUCUGUAUUAAUAUAAUGGUCAAAUCAAUAGUAUUUAAUAUUUAUA